UUUCGCCAUCCCUGCCUUCACCAUGGCGGGGCCGGCAGGCAUGAGGGUCGCGGCUGUGAACGGUGUCAAGGUCUACACUGUCUCUGGCCACCGCCAGUUUGCAUCCUGGCUCCCCCCCAACAAGAAGCGUGCACUCCGUAAAGAUCAGGACUAUCUGAGACGAAUCGACCUAGUCCAAGAUCUAGAAUUCAAUACUGCUGCUACUCGCAUGAAGACUACUUCUGAUGGACAGUAUAUCAUUGCAUCUGGUAUUUAUCCUCCACAGGUUCGGGUUUUUGAAGUUAGCGAGUUGUCACUGAAAUUCGAGCGACACCUCACGUCUGAGAUAGUUGAUUUUCAGGUUCUAGGAGAUGACUAUUCCAAACUGGCGUUUCUAUGUGCAGAUCGUUCUGUAUGGCUGCAUGCUAAAUUUGGCAGUUAUUUCAGCACACGCAUUCCGAGAAUGGGAAGAGAUCUUUGCUAUGAUCGUUGGUCUUGCGAUCUACUUCUAGCCGCAUCAUCCCCUGAAGUCUACCGACUGAAUUUGGAGCAGGGUCGUUUUCUUGCCCCUCUUACCACACAGUCGCCUGGUAUAAAUGUGCUUGGUCGUAGCCCAGUGCAUGGGUUGAUUGCAUGCGGAGGUGAAGAUGGGUUUGUAGAGUGUUUUGACCUCAGACAAAAGGCUUCUGUUGGGCGGGUUCUUGCUGUAGGUGCUGGCAACGAGGAUCAAGAGGUGACAGCUUUAAGAUUUGAUGAGAGCGAGGGUAUGCAAAUUGCAGUUGGUACAAGUGGUGGUCAGGUGCUACUUUAUGACUUGCGAUCAUCCACGCCAAUCUUGAUUAAAGAUCACAUGUAUGGUAGUCCUGUCAUGGAUAUUAAAUGGCACGAAAGCGUCAGCACUGCUGCUAAGAACUUGAUUACUUCAGAUAGUCAUAUCGUGCGUAUAUGGAAUCCGCAAACGGGUGACAGUGUGACGAACAUAGAAGCACCAACUGGCGAGAUUAAUGAUGUGUGCGUGGUGAAGAACAGUGGUCUACUUUUCAUGGCACUUGAUUCGCCCCGCAUAUCCUCUUUUUUUAUUCCUUCUCUUGGUCCUGCUCCUCGAUGGUGUUCUUCUCUAGAGGGUCUUACAGAAGAGUUAGAGGAAGAAAAUGAAACUACUAUUUAUGAGGAUUACAAGUUUGUCACACGUGAAGAUUUGGAGCGCUUGAAUUUAACCAAUUUGUUAGGCACCAACUUGCUGCGAGCUUAUAUGCAUGGUUUUUUUAUCGACCAUCGUCUCUAUGUGAAGGCAAAGGCAAUGGCAAAUCCCUUUGCAUACGAAGAACAUCGGCAGAAGGCUAUACGGGAGAAGCUCGAUGCUGAGCGAGCUGCUCGAAUUUCGGUGAAGAAGAAGUUACCUAAGGUUAACAGGGAACUUGCUGCUCGUCUUCUCGCUGGUGCUGGAGCCGAAGAGGAGAUUACUGAAGCGCCUUCUGAAGGGGCAAAGAAGGAUAGCCAACGAAAAAAGCAGAACAUUUCUCUUCUCAAGGAUGAUAGAUUUGCCGCAAUUUUCAAGAAUGAGGCUUUUGAAGUGGACGAAGAUGCUCCGGAAUAUCUUGCACUUCACCCUAAUAAGCAGAAGAGCAAAAAAUCACUGGUGACAGAGCAUUUUGACCUUGUAUCUGAUGACGAUAAAGAAAGAGAUUCUGAAAUUAAGGACGACUCUGAUGCUAGCAGCUCAUCUUCGGAUGAAGAUGAGACUAAUCGUGCGAAGGGUAAACGACAGCAGGGUAAUGAGAAGACUAACGCGUCUGGAAUGAAGAGGAAAGCCACAGAGCCAAGGCUUUACGAAGUGAAGGAUGAAACCCAUGCUCAAGCUUUCAAGAACAAGGUGUCCCUGAAAGUUGAAAGAAGUCGACCUCUUGAGGAGCGGUUAGCAACAAGUGGAUACAAAGCAAGGGGACGAGGCGACUCUUUCUUUGACGAAGAGGUAGCUGUGCGAGGUCAUGGAGGGAGCAGACAGGUGUCGUUUAUUCCCCGAGGUGGUUCUGGAGAUUCUAGGGGACGAGGUCGAGGCCGAGGCCGAGGGAGCUCAGUCAGUGGCAGGGGGAAUAGUGAAAGUGGCUCAAGAGACUUCAAGAAACGAGGUGUACAGUCCUUAGGGCUCAAGAGCGACAGGCCCGGCGGCAUGCGUGGGGGUCGGGGCUUCCGCGGAAGAGGCCGAGGCAGAGGUCGCUCAUAGGGACACCAUUCUCGCAUCAAAGAUGGAUUUUACAUCACGGCCUAGUGUAGGUUGAGAUUCGAACGAUUUAAGAGCGCUAAAAUACUUAAGCCUCUUGUUGCUCUGAUCUUUUACAAUUGAACUAGUUUCUUCUUUAACUUACUAUAUCCCAUGCUUGACCUCGAUAAGUUCUUGUGACAUUGCAUACUUGGCAGUAUUGACAUUUAGGAACAAUCAGUGUCCGAGUUAUAAGGGUGUACAUGUUCUGGGCUGGUUAUUAGAAAGGACCGGACAGCCGUGUUGCUUAUCGAUGCUCUAGUUGCCUCUUGUACAUGUUUCUAUGGUCGUGCGUGAUACGUUGUGUGACUCUAUGCUGAGUCCACGUGAGGCGCAUUUGUAGUCCACACAGCAUUACAUGCAUGCAACUGCAGAAUAUGAAUUAUGAACCCGUGUUGAA